UUCUGUUACCUUCACCAUGGCGGCUCGCGGCGUGGGGUUACUGACCCUGUUACCUCUGUGUGCCAGGAGAAGUCAAGUCUUGCGUCCUAUCCACAGGCUUCUCAGUCGCGCAGGAACUGUGGCCGCAGACGUCAGGAGGGAAGAGCAGUCCUCGGGGAGCGUGGAGACAGGCUCUGAAGACAGGACUCCCAAAAAGAAGUUCUCUGAGGUGCAGAAAGAAAGACGAGAACAGGCACAGAGGACUGUUUUAAUACAUUGCCCAAAUAAAAUCAGUGAAAAAAAGUUUCUCAAAUAUUUAUCCCAACAUGGACCUAUUAACAAUCAUUUCUUCUAUGAAAGCUUUGGUCUUUAUGCUGUUGUAGAGUUUUGUCAGCAGGAAAGUGUGGCUUCCCUGCAGAGUGUAACUCGUGCCCCGAGCAUGGACACCGAGGCUGCCAUUCCAUUCAGAUCACGUUUCUUCAAUUUAAGGCUGAAGAAUCCGUCAAACCAGCCUUCUGAACAGCCACACGCACAAUGUAGUAGUCAGUCGUCUCCUUCAAGCAAGAAGCUUUUUGAAUUACUUUGUUAUGCAGAAAGUAUAGAUGAUCAGCUGAACACUCUGUUGAAGGAGUUCCAGCUCACAGAGGAGAACACCAGGCUCCGAUACCUCACCUGUUCUCUUAUUGAAGACAUAGCGGGGGCAUAUUUUCCAGACUGUACAGUCAGACCCUUUGGCUCUUCGGUGAACAGUUUUGGGAAAUUAGGAUGUGAUUUGGACAUGUUUUUGGAUCUAGAUGAAAUUGGAAAAUUCAGCGCUCACAAGACCUCAGGAAAUUUUCUGAUGGAAUUCCAAGUGAAAAAUGUUCCUUCAGAAAGAAUUGCAACUCAGAAGAUCCUGUCUGUGAUAGGAGAGUGCCUUGACCACUUUGGCCCUGGCUGUGUGGGUGUACAGAAAAUAUUGAAUGCUCGGUGUCCGCUUGUAAGAUUCUCACACCAGGCCUCUGGAUUUCAGUGUGAUUUGACUACCAACAACAGGAUUGCCUUGAAAAGUUCUGAACUGCUUUACAUAUAUGGUGCCCUGGACUCACGCGUGAGAGCCUUGGUGUUCAGUAUCCGAUGCUGGGCUCGAGCACAUUCGCUAACGAGCAGUAUUCCUGGUGCUUGGAUUACAAAUUUCUCCCUUACAAUCAUGGUCAUCUUUUUCCUCCAGAGGAGAUCACCCCCUAUUCUUCCAACACUAGACUACCUAAGAACCCUAGCGGAUGCAGAAGAUAAAUGUAUAAUAGAAGGCCACAACUGUACAUUUAUUCGUGACUUGAAUAGAAUUAAACCUUCAGGAAAUACAGAAACACUAGAAUUACUACUGAAAGAAUUUUUUGAAUAUUUUGGAAAUUUCGCUUUCAAUAAAAAUUCCAUAAAUAUUCGACAGGGAAGGGAACAAAACAAACCUGAAUCUUCUCCACUGCACAUUCAGAAUCCUUUUGAAACUUCUCUCAACAUCAGCAAAAAUGUAAGUCAAAGCCAGCUGCAAAAAUUUGUGGAUCUGGCCAGAGAGAGUGCCUGGAUCUUACAGCAGCAAGAUCAAGAUCGCCCUUCCCCCUCAAGUCAUCAGCCCUGGGGGCUGGCCACCCUGCUGCUCCCUUCUGUGGCCAAUAGUCUGUGUCUUGCCAAGAAGAAAAAGAAGAAGCCUGCAAGUGAAAGAAUUAAAAACUUGUUGGAAUCCAUAAAAAGGAGCAGUGCGGAGAAUUCCACGGACACCAAUGGGGAAAGCACAGUUAGCACGCAGCCGUGAUGGCUGUCCCUUUGCUUUAAGAACUGACUUUAUCCUAUAAAAUGGUCUUUGGACUGCCCGGAAGAUCUGGUAUGACACUUGCACAGGCCUCAACUUCACCUGAUGUUUCUUUUCUUGGUCUUUUCCUUGGGCCCCUUUACCUGAUCUGACGUCUCGAGACAUUUUCAGUCUGAUACCCAGUGGCACUUUAUUAAAACGCGGCCACGGGGAACGGUGCAAGAAGAUUACAAAUUGAUAAACUCCGCAAAGUGAAUGGUAAAAAUCAGUUUUAGAAUCAAACCAUUGUUGAUAUCCACAUCAGUCCCUGGGUAGAAUCAUUUUAAAGGACUUCUAGGUAUGUGCAUAUGUAGGCAGUGAAUACAAUAAAGCCUUGCAGUUUGGUAGUGCC